CAUGCGACCAUUCGUCUUCCACCUGCUCACUGCCGCCCUCUCGGGCCUGGUCCACGCCACUCCCACCACCCUCGAGUCCCGACAGGCCGGCCAGUAUGCAGGUUAUGCCUUUGCCUACUUUACAGGAAACACCAUCGAUGGCGAAAAGAUCUACUUUGCCGCGAGCAAUGGCAACAAUGCGCUGGACUGGCAGGAGCUGAACGGGGGGAAACCCGUGCUCUCAUCCACCCAAGGCACCAAGGGCUUGAGAGAUCCCUUUGUCAUCCGCUCCGUCGAUGGUGGCAAGUUCUUCUUGUUGGCCACUGACCUCUCCAUCGGUUCUGGUACAUCGUGGGGCGAAUCGGUUCGGACGGGCAGUCGAUAUCUCGAGAUUUGGGAAUCCAGCGACCUCGUGAACUGGGGUCAACAACGCCACGUGCUCGUCUCACCGCCCACGGCAGGCAACACCUGGGCCCCAGAGGCCUACUACGAUGAAGACAUCAGCGCAUAUGUCGUCUACUGGGCCUCAUCGCUGUACGAGGAGAGCGACACGGCCCACACUGGAAACACCUAUCAUCGCAUGUUAUAUGCCACCACCCAAGAUUUCAAGACAUUUAGCGAGCCACAAAUCUGGCAAGAUGCCGGCACUGCACGCAUCGACUCCACCGUCAUCAAGUCCGGCAACACCUACUACCGCUUCACCAAGGACGAAGGAGCCGUGAGCGGCUGCACCGACAUCAUCCAAGAGAGCUCUCCGCGCCUGCUUGACCAGUUGGACGGCUGGACUACCAUUACGACGUGUAUUGGGAAAAACGCGGGUACGAAAGCGAUCGAAGGCCCGACUUCCUUCCGCGCCAACAGUGGAGAUGUCAAUGGUGACAAAUUCUAUCUGUUCGUCGACGAGUAUGGUGGUCGUGGUUAUAUUCCUCUGGAGACGGCCGAUAUCGCCAAGCCGCAGUGGAAGGUUUCUGCUUCGUACAAGCUUCCCAAGAGUCCUCGCCAUGGCACUGUCAUUCCUGUGACGGCUGCCGAGCUUCAGAGAUUGACUAGUGCUUUGAAGAAAUGAGUGGCGAGCAAAAAGAAAGAUUGAUGCGUCUCUCUCUCUCUCUCUCUCUCUCUCUCU